AUGGGAACUUCAGAGACGUUUCGAUUAGUUGCACCAUCAAUUGAUCAUCUUUGUAAAAGUGUCAUCUUUGAGAAUACAAGAUGCAUACACGAUAAUAUUGAUGAUCCGUUAAAUUCAAAAUAUUAUUGUGUAAUCGAUCAGUAUAUUGGAUCCAUUAAUACUCAAAAAUUAAUGAAUUUUGUUCGCGGAUUAAAGAAUAAAUCCAUUAGCAAAAAGAACUAUAAUUUUCGCGUCGCAGACGCAGAGAAAUCGAUUGAAUUGACCGGAUUUGAAAAUAAUGGGGUGUCACCUAUUGGUAUGAACCAAAAACUCCCAAUAAUUAUUGCCAAAUCUAUAACUGAAUUGAAACCCGCAGUAUUUUAUUUUGGUGCUGGACACGUGAAUUGGAAAUUAGCUUUACCUGCAAAAAACUUUAUUGAUGCAACAAGAUGCCUGAUAGCAGAUUUAGCAUAG